UCUCACACGUGAACGAUGAAGACUGUGGGGGAAAAUGUCACCAUAAAGUUUAUUUUGGCUUUUUUUGUUUUUCGAAGUGAAUAUUUUUUGUUUUUCUCACAGUGAUUGUUUAGUGAGACUUAUGUCAUUCACUUUUCUCCAGCCACUCAAUAACUUCCAAGACACCCGUUUAAAAUUUGAUUAGUGAAGUAUCGAUUUACUUUUGUUGUUAAUUUUGUUGUAGCAUCAGCUAAUAACGGAGAUGUGUAUACACUGAGACUUUUUGACACACGAAAUAUACACAAUAGCCACCGUGAAUAAAGAGACAUGUCCGUUCAAUGGUGGCACGUGGAGAAAAAAAAACAUGACAUAAUACAAUCAUUUAAAAUUCUGGAUUGUUGACAGCGAAACAAAAGAUUGUGUCGAUUUCAGUGAUAGGCCUCAGGGGCUAAUCAUUAGGAUUAACGUCAUUCUACAAUCGUGCUGUGUGUGAUUAAGUGUGGAAACAAGUGCUUUUUAUUCUUUGAUAUUUAUUCAUGAGUUUGGAUUCAGUUUUUUGUUGCUCACAGAGAACAUGAACCGAUGCAAUUAGACAAAAUGAAUAACAUUUCACACCUACUGAGCCAGGCAGUUUGAAUUCUCGGCCCAACCUCCAAACAGUUGUGAUAUUCAAUGUUUCUCCGGCAUGGGGACUCCCACCAUUCGGAUACGCCAACUGCUUUUAUUAUUGCUAUUUUACGACGCUGGUCGUCUUAGCGACGCCGCUGAGAGUGGCGGUCGAAAAAAUAAAGUUCUUCAAGUAGACAAAGCGUCGGAAGUGCAUACAUCUUCAAACGACACAAUCUCUACAGUCGAAAGUCUUUUCUCGCCUUCCCAGAGCUGGUCGAUUACAACAUCAACAUCGAAGUUCAAUUCCGAACAGGUCACGACUAACCAGCGAAGCGCGACGCCCAUCUUACACACUCUUCUGCACCCGAUCUCUUCUCCGGAGUAUCGUCCCCUCCAUAGACAACCCCUCCCGAUGCACGGAAACAAUGAAUCCUUUACGACCGUGAUUAAAAAAGCUCCGACGCUAGAGACCUCCGCCCUUUUCAAACCUUCCAUUCAAUCAGAGAUCCGACAUUUCCUUUUCAGCCGAGCAGCAGACGGCGCCUUUCAACCUCAAAAUCUAUCAGUCUCGGAUCAAUUAUCGGCAUCGAUCAAUGCAUCUCCGUUUCUGGCUAACCGUUCGACACCUGUACAAAGAAUACAGACGUUAUUGGCUGAUUCUUCCUUAAUAGAAAAGAGAGAUUCUUCAACGCAGGAUCAGAACAAUGUAUUUCCUAAGUCCCACAUUGUCAACAUACCGGACGUACCCCAUAACGUAACCUUCUCAGAUUUGAACGGGUCAUCGCUUGAGGACAAUAACGCUAGCGUGCACACCUUAUAUAUUGGGGGAUUAUUUGAGCUCUCUUCCAGGGAUGGUCCCAAUGGAUAUUCAGAAUUGGACGCUGCACUGCUGGCAAUCAGCCACAUCAAUGAUCAAAACAUAAUACCUGGAUAUAAACUCAACCUUCUUUACAACGAUUCCAAGUGUGAUGCAGGUUACGGAACAGACGCAUUCUUUGACUUGAUCAACCGGAAAUCAAAGAAAAGCAGCCUCGUUAUGAUGAUGGGCAGCGCGUGCUCGGAAGUGACCAAAACAAUCGCUGAAAUUGUGCCGUAUUGGAAUUUGAUCUUGGUGUCUUAUGCUGAAACGUCACCAGCUUUAAGAGAAAGGGAAAAGUACAGGACUUUCUUCAGCCUUGCCAUCGGAGAUUCAGCACUGAAUCCUGCCCGUCGAAUGCUAGUGAAGUAUUUCAAGUGGGACAAAGUGGCGGCUCUCUAUGAAGACCAUGAGACGUUAUCUUUGGCUUUUAAUGACAUCAACAAAGAUUUCUCGGCUCACGACAUCAUCAUUAAGUCAUCGACGUCAUUCAAAGAUGUCAAGGUCGAAGUGCCAGGAAAGCUGAAAGAAAUGAUGGACUUGGACGUUCGAAUCCUUCUGGCUGGGUUUAGAGAAUCCACAGCGAGGCAAGUGUUCUGUCAGGCCUACAGGCUGGGUAUGUAUGGCCCCAGGUAUGUAUGGAUUCUAGUGGGCCUACUGAAAAGUUAUUGGUGGACGGAGGUGUUGGACACUGCCUGCACCGUACAGGAGAUCGGCACAGCGGUGGAGGGCGCCUUCAUCAUCUUCAGUCUCAAUGGGCUUCUCGACGGUGGCAAGUCUGUGGCUAAUCUGACGUCCAGCGAGUUUAGAGACGCCUACAUCAAUGCCAACGGAAGUCUACCCCUGAGUAUUUUUGCCGCCAGCACUUAUGACACGAUUUGGACUAUGGCCUUGACACUCAGACAGGCAACAUCGGAAUGGUCGGAGAACGGAACAGCUCCGCUGUUACAUCAGCUGAGCUACGAUGUCAUGGCCGACGUUAAGGAGACGUUUAUCACCACUAUGGAGAAUCUCGAGUUCCCGGGAGUUUCAGGCCCUGUGUCAUUCAAGGGAUCAGGUCGUGAGGGUAUUACAGCUGUGUACCAGAUACAAGCUGGUAAUUUUACUCAAGUAGCCAUUCACCAACCAGGUAGCAAUUAUUUGGACUUCACUUGUGAGUCUUGUCGUAAGAUCUACUGGAAAGAUGACCGUGUUCCGAAAGACGAACAGACUGUUGUGGCCAGACCUAAAACUAUUGACAUGUUUGUGUUUUAUACCUCAUCUGGUCUCUGUGUUGUGGGCGUGGUCAUGGCAGUGUGUUUUCUCACUUACAACCUGUACCAUAGAAAACUCAAGUACAUCAAAUUGUCCAGUCCAAUACUAAACAACGUUGCAGUGAUUGGAUGUAUCUUGGUCUAUCUGGCGGUCAUCAUCAUGGGUCUGGAUGACCGAAUGUUGAACGAAGAACUCUUCCCCAUUGUUUGCACAGUCAGGGCGUUUUUAUUAGCCGCUGGAUUCUCUUUGGCAUUUGGGGCGAUGUUUGCCAAGACUUUCAGAGUCCAUCAAAUCUUCAUCCGUGCUCACCAUGGACUGGUCAAAUCAAAGCUUAUUCAAGACACGCACCUCCUGGUCAUCAUUGGUGUGCUGCUGGCAGUGGACUCAACUCUGGUGCUGGUCUGGGUACUGGUGGAUCCCAUGAGUCGACUCGUCUCCAACACGACAACAGAGGUUUCCGAAGAGGAUGAAGAUCUAAUCUUCCAGGAACAGCUGACGACAUGUCAUUCCAGCCAUUUACAGAAGUGGCUUGGUGCAUUCUACGCCUACAAGGGUCUUCUGCUGAUCUUUGGCGUGUACAUGGCCUGGGAGACGCGACGUGUCAAGAUUCCUGCACUCAAUGACUCCAAGUAUAUAGGUCUAAAUGUCUAUAAUGUGGUAAUCAUGUCGGUCAGUGUUGUGGUCAUCUCAAAUAUCCUGUCCAGCCAGCCCACUCUGGCCUAUGCCAUGGAGUCAUCCUUCAUGUUUUUGUCCACAACAGUCACUCUUUGUUUGCUCUUUGUUCCAAAGAUUUACGCUCUGGUAACAUCUGGCGGGAACCCUGUCAUUGCAUGUACUGGCAUUUUAGUGGACAACUCUAAUACCAGGAGAUUUGUCUUCGAUGACCGGAAAGAGAUUUAUUACAGAGCGGAAGUACAGAACAGGGUCUACAAGAGAGAGUUAGUUGAGUUGGACCAGAAGAUAGCAAGGCUGGAGAGACUGCUGGAGUUGCCUUCUGAGCAUUACCCCAGUGUGAUGAGCGAGAUGAUGUACAGGAUGCAGGACUCCAGUGCCGACAGAAGAUAUACGCGAGAAUGGGACAGAUGUAGCUCAAUCUCCGAUGGUGAAGGAAUGACGUAUGAUUAUACUGAGAAGCAAGACAUUCUAACAGAGAUGGGAUUUGUAUCUGUUACGAAACCUGCAGCAGUCACCAAAAAGCGCUCUAAGGCGGGAGAAUUGGGCAGACGAGGUUCGAGUACCUUACAGAAAUUAACCAGAAGUUGGAGUAUUGGUGCAGGAAGCCGAGUCAGGAAAAAAAGACAGUCGCUUGAGACCCCUCGAUCCUUUGUACCAUUUUCUUCCUCUGAAUCUAAUUUUGUUCACAAUUCAGAUUUUGAAGUUCUUGAUGGGCGAGGGGGGACUAAUUAUCCAAAGGGCAAUACUUGUUCGAAUGCUCUGUCUUAUAUAUAUUCAGCUGAUGCAGCAGAAAACUGUGGCUUGGAAAACUCUCUAAUGCCGAAGUCACAUAAUGCCAAACAAACUUUUAAUAGUAAAAACGUUUUCUUAAAACGGGGAAGCAGCCUAAAAUACAAUGCAAAUCAUAAAGAGAGCUCUUUUGUUGGAGACGAUUUGGACGGCAGGGGGCGCCGUAUGGAUUAUCGCUGGCAAGGUCGUCUGCUGAACUCAAAGCAGGCCAAAUUGUUUGCUGUCCACCAGCUUCACAUCGAGAUGGUAGAAGAGGACAGCAAUAGCAACGUGGAAGACACAGAGAGCCUGGCAGGAUCGUCUGCUGGCUGUGUCAGUCCAUGCUAUGACGUCAGCAUCCCUGUGCUUGGCAGCGAGGCUGGGCACUUAAAGCUAAUGCCGUCAAGCGAAUCCAGUUGCAGAGAAGCUAUUACCUGGCAAAAUGCCAGCCCGCUGACUACAUUUUCCUCCUCCAUCGGCCAGAGUGAUACAAACCACCUCUUGCCGUGUGAGCAUAGAAAGAUGGGUAUGGAGAAUCUCCGAAGAUUGAGUGCGCCCAGUCCACUGCAACACAAGCCAGAUCUUCCACUAGCUAAUAACUUUACUUCGUCAACAUCUGCUACAACGACUGCCGUCCCGAAGAACUCUUCGUCUCUGUGCCUCGUAUCCGAUUUCAAAAAGGAAAAACAAGAUUUGUCCAAUUCUGACAUUUGUUUAAAUUGCAGAAAUCUUCAAGCUGCGUCUGCAGAGACAUCCCCGUAUCAUUCCUCGGAAGGAAAUUCCUCGCCUCCUCUUUCCAAGGCUUCUUGCUCAGAUUCUAAGGAGCUGAGCUCUUUUUCUGACCUUGAAGACUCCAUACAUUCCCAGUAUUGCAACGAAAGCUAUGCCUCAUCAUCAGCUCCCACAAUGCCACCAGUUGAUAUCACCAAUCAAAGUCAUAACAUUGCAGCUCAAAUUGAAAUCCAUCCAAAAGUAACGUCUGGUAAAAACGCCGUUUGUCUCCCCUGCACAUCGGGUCACUUUAUUUCUUCCGUUUCUAGUUCUGAGAGACCGGAAGUUGCAAGCGGCGAUCCCAGCAUUCCUCAUCAAGACAGCAGAAGAUUACGAAUUCAACAACUGCAAGAAGAUUUGGUGAAGAUUCAGAAGGAACUUCAUGAGCUGACUAACAAUGACUGUGAGACUUAUGAACUUUAACCUUAACUCUGAUAUAUGUAAUGUAAUGCGGCAUGUUGUGAAUAUUUUUUAUAUAAAGAUUGGGCUAGAUCUGUUACCCAAUAGCAUGUGUGUUUUGUCAAGGUUUUGACAAGUUUAUCUCGGGUAUUUUUAAAUUAAGACACAACAGUUGAACAACUAUUACCUUGUGCUUAAAGGCAGCUAUUUUUUUCAUGUCAUUGUGUGACACAAAUUAAACAUUAUCUGAAAACUGAUUAAAAGAAAAAGCUUUGUAAUAAGAAUGUUUAGUUUUUAGAGGGAGAUAAUCUGGCUACUUAUUUAGACUAUUUGAGUUAAAUGAAGAAACCUUUGCCAUUGAUUUUCUUUACUACAAAUCUCACGAUAAUUCACAUUGUUUCCACAUUGUAGUUGUUCUUGUCUUAUUUCAACCAAUAUUUUAUACAUUUUUUAGUUACCAAAAAUACAAGCAUAAAAUAUAUAUAUUUGAAGUACGCAUCACAUUAUAGUUGCAUUUGCAUACACCAAAACUUACUAAAAAUGAGGUCCUAUUGCUUGGAAACAUUAAAAUUCAAAACAUCAAUGCACAUUAUUUACUAGUUUGAAAAACUAGAUUGCGAUAUAGAUACACUUAGCCCGAGUAUUUUUCUUCUAGUCUAGAAUGUUGUUCAAUGAAAUGGAUAAUUAACACCCAUCUAGAUUCAUCACAGGAUAUUUGCACAUCUUGUCCAAAAUUUGCCAAAGCAAAAAAAAAAAAGAAA